GCUAUUUGGAUGACAACAACAGAAUGAUAAAGGACAUCUGGGUGGAAAGUGAUGUUAUGACUCUGGAAUGGUGCAUGACGAAAUGCAGAGGGGGCAACCAUACCUUUGCUGGUCUCGAGCACUACAGACACUGCUUCUGUGGCGACUCCUAUGAUGAGUCCGUGUACCCAAAGAAGGCCGAGUCCGAGUGUAACACGCCAUGUACAGGGAAUCCACAACAGAUGUGUGGAGGCGUGUGGAGACUGUCAAUGUUCAGAUGUCGUUGACAUGUUAGUUGAUGUUAAUCGUGGGGGAAUACUUAUGUUUAGAUAUCUUUAAAUGUUAGAGUGGUAUAUAUGUAUUAUCGCACAUGUAAUAUUGAGCGAGAAUGGAUUACGCCACUUUUAGCAGUAUUUCAGCACAUCGCAUCACACCAGAAAUGGGCUUCACACGUUGUAAUCAUGCGGAGAAGCGAACGCUUUAGCCACUAGGCCACCACACCGCCGCCAUAUCUAGGCAGGGGUUUGGGGGACAAGAAGGAAGGGAGAG